AUGAAGCAUGAACUAAUGUCUGCUGGGCUGGCUUCUCUAUUGAGUCUUGGAGUGGUUUUGGUUGUUGAUAUAGUAUUACAUAGUGAGGAUAUACUAGCCAGCUCUCUUGAUGAUAGUGAGGAAAGAAGCACACUGUCCAGUUUCCAGGCAUUAUUUGAUCUUUUGCGAUCACUGACAAAUAAAGAUGGCUAUGAGAGGUUUAUCAUUUUAAGGACUAAACCAACAUGCUCUGGACAACGGGGAUACAUAAAAUAUGUUAUGCUCACAGGAGAGACGAUUUUUCCGCAGAUUAUGGAACAAGCACAUGCUGUGCUACUGGCAGGUAAAACAUGAAACCCACAGAAGAAACAAAGUUCCUUGGUUACCACCGAACCAGAUGCAUUCUUUUCAUGUAGCCACAUUGUUCCUCCAGAUAACAUUUUGCCUGUUACAGUUGCUCGUAGCUCUUCUAAUCAGAUUUUUUAUUUUAGGUGCUGCUCCAGAAGUUCAUCAGUCAUGGUACAGGAGGUAUGGUGUUUGAUUUGCAAUUUGGUAAUGGUUCGGGAAGGGGUUGUUGUCUUCUUCUCUUCAUUUGAUCAUGAAGAAGAGGUCUACAAUGGAUCUUCAGGCAUCCUCGAUAGAAUUACGAAGAAGAAACAUCUAUUUAGAGAGCCUAGGAAGAAUACAUAUGUCGAAUUUGUUCUAAAUGUGUACAUGGAAACAAUUGAUUCUCAGAGUGGGGCCAUACUUCUUGCUGUCAUUGGCGGUAAGAUAUCACUCAACUUAAGUGAUGGGAUGGGUCAGUAUGUAGUCAUGGUUGGAAUACCUUACGCGAGCCCUUCUGAUGUUGAGCUGACACAGAGGGUGAAGCACAUUGAAGGAUUGGGACAUUCAAAUUCGCUUAAGAUGACCAACUCUUUACGUGGUGAUGAAGUUUACAGUGGUGAGGCACAUGAAGGAUUUAAUAUUGACAGAAGUUGCAGACACAGAGGGAAACAAUGUUACAAUAAUCUUUGCAUGAAGGUUGUAACUUUUGAAGCUAGCCAUCCUGACACAUUGAUCGUGGAUAUGUUGGAUGUUUUCCUUGAGGAAAUCUGGUCUUACGGAUAUUCUAUAUCUCAUAUUAUAGAUGUCAGCUGGACGUUGUCUAUGAGAUAUUGUUCAUGUUGGAUACUAUUUGGAGGGGUAUUAAGAGCAAUUAUCUAUCAUUGUACUUGGAAGAAAAGGAAAGCCAGUUGUUACACUUUAUCAUCGCAACCUUAUUCAUUGUGGUCUGUACUACCCCGCUAUAGUGAUUCAAGAAGUGAUACCAUUCCAGUUUUACUUUGCUCCCCUUGGUUUCUAGAUGGAAACCGUUAUUAUAUCUUUGGUAUUAGCAGGUUGCUUUAUCCUGAGGCAAAAAUUUUUCAUCCCACAAAGAUAUCACCUGACCAUUGUCCUCUGCUGAUUGCUCUCUUUCACUCAGGUACCUCAUAUAAGAACUACUACCUCAUUGAAUUUAUGCUAUCUGGAUGCACCAUGAUACUUAGCAAAGAAUUUGUUUGUGAGACCUGGCCAAAUAUUCAUGUUGUUGCCAUUUUAAAAGUUAAAACUAUAAGGAUAUCAUUUGCUUUUUUCCUUUUAAGUAGAGAUAUUCUAGUUCUACUCAUUCACAUUACAAGUGCAGUAUUUUGCAGUUCUGCAACUCCGGUGUUUGUUGGAAUUAUUGAGAGGUCUAGAGGGAAGGGUAAUUUUUCUGGUUUUGGAUGGGUUUCUAAAUUCACAAGGAAAUGGGGUCUUAUUUAUUUGAUAGUCUCCGGCCUCUUAAAAGUUGUUUCAGGCCCUCGGUCAGUGUUCUAA